AGCUCAGGAUAAAGCAGCAGUUCAGCUCAGUGAGCUGGAGGAAGAGAUGGAACAACGGAUACAGGCUGCAGAGCAUAAGGUUAAAAAGGAAGAGAAGCGAAAAGCUGAAGAAGCACUAAAUGAGCUGAAGCGCCAGUAUGAUACUGAAGUUGGGGAUCUUCAGGUGACAAUAAAAAAACUUAAAAAGCUGGAGGAGCAAUCCAAAAAUGUAAAUCACAGGGAAGAUGUGGUUGAAUUGAAAAAAAGAAUACAUGAUAUGUUGCUGGAAAAUCAGAAACUUAAGAAAGAUCUUUUAGAAGCGCAGACAAAUAUAGCUUUUCUACAGAGUGAAUUAGAUAGCUUGAAAAGCGAGUAUGCAGAUCAGACUUUGAACACUGAGAGAGACCUAGAAAUGAUCCGGGAGUAUACUGAAGACAGAGAUAAUCUGGAAAGGCAAAUUGAAAUACUUCAAUCAGCUAAUAGGAAGCUACAUGACAGCAAUGAUGGUUUAAGAAGUGCACUUGAAAACAGCUUCAGCAAGUACAACAGAUCAUUGCGGUUAGCAAACACCUCACCAGGAAGUACCAUUUCUAGAAGCAGUCCUAAAUUUAAUGGUGGACAGUCUCCUCUAAACCCACGGUAUGACAGAUCAUCUCAUUCUUCUUGUGUGGAUGAAGAUUAUGAUUCUUUAGCCCUUUGUGAUCCUAUGCAAAGGAUAAACUGUGAAGUUGACAGCUUGCCUGAGAGCUGUUUUGACAGUGGUUUGUCUACCCUGAGAGAUUCAAAUGAGUAUGAUUCAGAAGUGGAAUACAGGCAUCAAAGGAUUUUUCAAAGGUCACAGUGUAUGCAAGACAGCUUCGGUGGUGAUGCUUCUGAUACAGAUGUUCCAGAGAUCAGGGAUGAAGAAGCAUACAGUCCUGAUAACAGCAGUACAGUAUUAGACUGGAAGCCCUCACGACCAGUAAGUCGAAGCAGCUCAGUUGCUUCAGCAAGGAAGUACAUAUCCGCUCUCACCCCUCAGUCAGAUGCAACCGAAUGUACUCCGAAAUACCCCAGUUCAGAGAAGGCUUACAAGAUUGUUCUUGCUGGAGAUGCGGCAGUGGGAAAAUCCAGUUUCCUUACGAGACUUUGCAAGAAUGAAUUUCGAGGCAAUACCAGUGCAACCCUGGGUGUGGAUUUUCAAAUGAAAAGACUAAUUGUUGAUGGAGAACCUACAGUGCUACAACUGUGGGACACAGCUGGGCAGGAGAGAUUCCGAAGUAUUGCUAAAUCAUACUUCAGAAGAGCAGAUGGUGUCUUACUGUUAUAUGACGUAACGUGUGAAAAAAGCUUUCUUAAUGUGCGAGAAUGGGUGGAUAUGAUCGAAGAUGCAACUCAUGAGAAUAUUCCAAUUAUGAUGGUGGGAAACAAAGCAGAUCUCCGUCAAGCUGUUACAGAACAAGGGCAAAAAUGUGUGCCUAUAAACUAUGGAGAAAAACUGGCUAUGACUUACAAUGCGCUAUUCUGUGAAACAAGUGCUAAAGACGGAUCUAAUAUUGUAGAAGCAGUUCUUCAUCUUGCUCGCGAAGUGCGAAAACGAAGUGAUAAUCAAGAUGAUAGGAGGUCAGUAACCAGCCUGGCUGGGACACCUGUCAAAAAAUCGGCACUCAUGAAAAACUGUUGCAAUGUUUAA